AUGUGCCAUCGUAUGAUCAAAAACUUUCACGAUAGACUUCAGCAUGACCACCAGAGUCAUGACAGUCAAAUAAGCAAUACGCGGUCUUUUAAAAGUUGCGUAUAUUUCACAAAUUGGGCAGUCUAUGAAAAGAAGCAUUUUCCAUGCGAUAUUCCCUAUGAGUACUAUAGCCACAUUUUCUAUGCUUUCAUUGCAGUAGACCCAUUAACUGGUAAACUUAAAUUUACAGAUGAAUGGUGUGACUUGCAAAUGCCCUUAAAGUCACUUGUUCCUGGAGAAACGGUGUUGGGUAAUAUUCAACAGCUUAACCAGAUGAAGAAGUUGAAUCGUCAAUUAAAAGUUUGUAUGUCCAUUGGUGGUUGGGGUACACAUACUCAGUUUGAAGCAGUAGUUCAAGAUCCCGAAAAGCAACAUAGCUUUGUAAAGAGUGUAGUGGAAUUUGUUGAAAAAUAUCAUUUUGAUGGAGUCGAUAUAGAUUGGGAAUACCCCAAAAACUUGUCACAGGGUAAAGCGUUGGCCAACCUUUUGAAAGUUUUGAGACAUGCGUUGCCUCCACAACGUCUAUUGACUAUUGCAGCACCUGGUGGCCAUGAGCAUAUAAAGCAAUUACCAAUAAAGGUCAUGGACCAGUACCUUUCCUUUUGGAACUUGAUGGCGUACGACUUUUCAGGGCUGGGGUGGUCAGAAAAGGUGGGUUACCACUCGAAUCUAUUUGGCAACAAUGGUGACAAUGACAUGUGCGCCGAUAGUAUAGUCAAAGCGUAUACAAAACAUGGUGUUUCACCUCAGAAAUUGGUAUUGGGUAUGCCGAUGUAUGCACGUAUUUUCUCAGGAGUGCAAGAAGGCCACGUAGGAUCGAAAUUUGCCAAAACAGACAAAGAAGAUACAUUGGGAUACAAUAAAAUCAAGGAUAUUCUCGGCAAUGCCAAAGACCAGAAUAUUCUUGAACAUGGUUUUGAUGUUAAAAAAGUGGCUGCAUUUGCUUAUAAUCUCAAGACUAAACAGUUUAUCACUUAUGAUAACGUGCAGAGUGCAAAGAUCAAGGGAAGUUAUGUUAAGCUGCAUGAAUUGGGUGGUGGUAUGUGGUGGGACUCUUCUGGCGACAGACCAAUCUCAAACAAUUGCAAAGACAAUGAGUCGUUGGUGUACCACUUUGUUGACCAAUUGGGUGGAUGUAAAGCAUUGGAAGAUUCACAAAAUUCCCUUCACUAA